UUCUCAUAAGUAUCUCAACACUGCACAUCCUUAUGUAGAACUGAGCCGCCACCACCAAAAUCAGUGUUUUCCUGAGUGAGCGGGUGUCAACAUAGCACCGUGUUCUCCUGGGAGAAAAUACUAUGACACUUCCCUGCAAAUAGAGUCUGUGAAACUGUUCAAGGUCACUCCCUAGAAAAUGAUGUCGGAGAAAGAAUUAGGGACCCACGUCUGACUAUAGUUUCCAUUUCCUUCCAUUACUCGUUUUACAUUUAAAGGGACUAACACCAGUCUCUUCUUGCUAAACCAACCUUCAGGCCAACAGUAUCUUCUGAGACUUCCUGUUGAGGCAGGGAACUAUGCGGGUUAACUAGAGGGGGGCUGAGUGGAAUAAGAUGCUUAGUGGGGCCAGUGGCUCAAGUUAAUCGCCUGCUCCUAGGCCAGCUCCCCACUUCAGUUAGGCAGAGCUGUGGCCAAGGACAAGGAGAAAAUGCAACGCAAGAUUGAAGGCUUCUUCUUAUUACUUCUCUUUGGCUAUGAAGCCACAUUGGGAUUAUCAUCGACAGAGGAUGAGGUCGAGGACCCCUGGUACCACAAAGCAUGCAAGUGUGAUUGUCAGGGAGGGGCCAAUGCUCUGUGGUCGGCGGGAGCUGCCUCUUUAGACUGCAUUCCAGAAUGCCCAUAUCACAAGCCCCUGGGUUUCGAGUCAGGGGAGGUCACACCAGAUCAGAUCACCUGCUCCAACCCAGAGCAGUACGUGGGCUGGUAUUCCUCAUGGACAGCAAACAAGGCCCGGCUCAACAGUCAAGGCUUCGGGUGCGCUUGGCUUUCCAAGUAUCAGGACAGUAGCCAGUGGCUACAGAUAGACUUGAAGGAGAUAAAGGUGAUUUCGGGGAUCCUUACCCAAGGACGCUGUGACAUAGAUGAGUGGAUGACCAAGUACAGCGUGCAGUACAGGACUGAUGAACGCCUGAACUGGAUUUACUAUAAGGAUCAGACUGGAAAUAAUCGGGUCUUCUACGGAAACUCGGACCGGAGUUCUACAGUCCAGAAUUUACUGCGGCCCCCCAUCAUUUCCCGCUUCAUCCGACUGAUCCCUCUCGGCUGGCAUGUCCGAAUCGCCAUCCGGAUGGAGCUGCUUGAGUGUACCAGCAAGUGUGCCUGAUGUCUGUUUCAGCUCAGUCAGUCCUGCCACAAUGGGGAGAGCUUGGUGGGGGUGGGGGCCCCUGACAUGCCAUUGUGAUGAACAGGGCUGGAGCUUAUAAGCACUUCCAAAUUCAGAUCUGGGUAGGGAAUAUUUCAUUUUUCAAAAGAUAUAGUUUCCAAUUUCAGUGGAAGAAAGAAAAAAAAAGAGCAUUUCCUCAACUCAGCCAAAGAAAAUAAGAACAAAGAAAAUAUCCCUCAAACCAAUUUUCUUCCAUAAACCUAAAUAGCAAGGGUAAUUUGCUGAUCUCGCUCCCUCUCUUUUUCUUUUUGUCUCAGUGACACUGUCAAAGGUGCAGACCCGGGGGAACACAAAGCAGCUCUGAUAAUUUGAAAAUUCUUUUUGGCUCUUACCACAUUCAGAACAGGAGCAUACGAUUUUGCAAAGCCUCACAUGAAUGCUGAAGGCUUGCCCUUAAAACUUUCAUUAAAUCCCGACUAGAGAGGACUGGAGACAAGCAGGCAGGCAUGAAUAAAGCCGAGGGGAGCCUGUAGCAAGCCCAAGAGUCCGUCAACAGCAACCAACCAACCGACCGACCGACCAGUCAAGGCUUCCCCCUCUUGUUUUUGCCUGGAAGGGGUUUGGGCUUUUAGCCAUAGACCUGAGGGAAUUAGGGCCGGCUGGAGUUCCUUUUACAUAUAGUUCCAGUCUACGACCCAUUCAGCAAGCUGUCCAUCUGUGCUUACCAGGAAAUGAAUGCAAGUAGCAGGCUGCAUGUGUGUGGGUAGUGAGGCUUCCCUUACAUAGAGGAAGCCCAAAUGACUAGACUAUAUCACACCUUCUUUAUCUAUGGCUACAGUUUUCCAGAAAUUGAACACAUUUUGAAAACAGCUGAGGCAAGACUCUGACUACUGGGAGACCAUGCAUUGUGGGAAGGGGUCAGAGCUCAUGUCAUAGAGGGCUGUGUGGGGAUGGCUUGUCAGUAAAGUGCUGACUGUACAAGCAUACGGAGGUGAGUUUAUAUUCCUAGAAUCCAUGUAAAAAGCUAGGCAUGGACAGGUAUGGUGGCGCACGCCUUUAAUCUCAGCAUUUGGGAGGCAGAGGCAAGCGGAUCUCUGAGUUUGAGGCCAGUCUGGUCUACAUAGCAGUUCCAAGCCAGUCAAGGUUACACAGUGAGACUCUGUCUCAAGAAAAAAAGCCAGGCAUGGAGGGCCAUCCCUGUAAAUCCUACGACUAGGAGGCAGGUAGACGGGAGGAUUCCUAGGGCUUGCUGAUCAGUCUAGUUUAAUCAGUAAGCUCCAGGUUCCCUGACAGACCCUAUCUCAGAAAUAAAGUGAGGAGCAAUUGAAGAAGACACCCGAUGUGGGCUACACACACACACACACACACACACACACACACACACACACACACACACACACACACACAGGAAAAGAAGAGCCUAUAGCUUCUCUCUGAGAUGCUUCUCCCCUCCUACCUCUGCCUUGCCCACUCAAACAUGCUUGCCUGACAUGGCAUUUGAAACUUCUUUGGGUAGAAAUGGACUUGGCUCAUCACUCUCUGGCUGGAGUAGCUCAUUUAGCGGAGAGCUUUGGAGCCUGAGGGAAUGACUACUGGUCUUGGUCUCAUUUGCCACACAGCUCAUGCUGUGUUUGAGGCCCAUCUCUGGGAGAGGCACGUAGGGAGAAACUGACAAUCCACAGGAUGAGGACCCUCCAGAGACAAGGGCCUGGCCUCACACACACAGUGUAGCCUUGGCUAGCAGCUCUUUUCUCUGAGAUAACUUUCCAUUUCCAGAUAUUAAAGGGAUUGCAUGGACCCACACUAAAAUGGCCUUGGAUGGCUGGACUUGGUGGCUUACAUCUUUAAUCCCAGCACUUGGGAGACAUGGACAGGUGGAUCUCUGUGAGUUCAAGGCCAGGUCUACAGAGCAAGCUCCAGGCCAGCCAAGGCUACACAGUGAGACUGCCUCUCAAAAAUCAAUCAAUCAAUAAAAUGACCUUGGAUGUCACAUUCUUCUCAGUGAAUGGAACAACUUCUCAAAAGCCUCCAAUUUCCUACCUAGUGUUUUGGAGUUUCACAGGUGUGUGUGUGUGUGGGGGGGGGUGGCAUUGCACAAUGGCAUUCCUAGUAUUGCAACAUUUGUACAAAUCCAUUUUGGAUGAAAUUCCUGAAAGCAGACUCUUAUUUGGAAAACUGAAUUACUUUGUUCACCACACUGAGUAAUUGUCAGAGAAAAUGGCAAUAACUUAAGAGUACUGAUCAGGGAAAAAAUUAAACAAAAGGGUGUGAGGCAUGGAUAAAGACUUGUCAAAUAACAGUUCACAUCAUAAAUUUAAUAAUAGUUUUAUUAAGUUCACAUAAACAGCCCUUAUCCAUUUGAGGUGUAUAAUUCAAUGACAGUAUGUUCAGACUUGUGCAAUCAUUACCACAAGUAACUUUAGACUAUUCUUAUCACCCCAGAGAGAAUCCUCAACCCUGAGCCAUCAGCCACACCAGCCCUAGGUUACUUGUAAACCAUUUGCUGUCUGUAUGUAGAUUUUUCCUGUUCUGGGCAUUUUCCCACAUAAAUGGAAUUCUAUGAUA